GUGUGUGCAAUAACUCAUUUUGCGCUCCUAAACAACGUCUACAAAAUAGUCUACUCUCUUACAAAUUCUAUUUUUGGAAACGGAAAACUGUAUGGAGAUCAAAUGUUUAAUCGAUGAGAAAAGGGGCAGAAUUUGGGCCAAAAUCCAUCUCGCGCUAUCUUCUCCCACUGCCGGCAACUGGGCUUCCUCCUCAUCGCCAUAUUUGGUAGUGAGUGCAAACGCCAACCAGAUGCUUCACAUUAAUACAUCCAGUGAAAUAUCUGGCUCAUUGUUAUGUCUGUCUGGUGCUUUCAUGACAACUGGGAACUCGGAAAAUACGAGUUCAAAUCAUUACAUCGGUGAUCUUCAGGUCGGAAACUCUGAGCUCGAGAAAGAGACCCGAGUUUCCAAGCUGGAAUUUCGAGUUGGGUGGCCAUUCAAAAUAAUUUUCAGUCGGAGCUCGUUUUUUCGGGAGUUCUCAGUUGUUGUGAACGCGGCAGUACCCCCCCACCCCACUCUCGCUGCGCGACGAACGUAAUAAAUGUGGGCACCAGGCAGGCGCGUACUGUAUUUAUAGCUUCUCCUUUAUUGUUUACAAGUAGCCUAGCUAGCUACUCCACGACGUACCUCCUUUAGUUGAUUAAUUUAAGUAAAAAUGUAUGAUGUGGCUCAUUUAAAGGAAGAUACAUGCAGAUUUUUUUGAAGAUAAGUGAAGUUAGGAAACGUCAAGUGUUUGUGUAGACAAGGUGAAGAUUGAGGACGAGAUGGAAGAUGGUACACCUCCAGGACGAUCUGUGGGAAUUGCAGACGCUGACGAUGCUCCCUCAAGCUCAUCAGCAGCAUCAACGCGAAAGAGAAAGUCUGAUGUGCUCCGAGAUGCUAAGCCCAAGAAGAAAAAGAAGGCCAAAGUCAGCCGCCCCCCAAGGCUUGGCUACACUGUUGAACAAGGAGAGGAUAUGCUUCUGAUCAUAUCGAAUACAAAUCAGUAUGAUAACAUAUGGCGGCCAAACACGAAAGGAAGAAAGAAAAAGAAAAUCCUUAAAGGAAAAGCCAAAGUCACUCCAGCAAAGAAGAAGAAUACGGUUCUUCCAAAGGGUAAAGCCACAAAGAAGCCACUGAUCAAGAAAGGUGAACUGGAGCCCACAAUGCAACACCACCAAGAGGAGGGCUUUGACAGCUGGGGUCAGAGCCUACCAGUGGAAGUGUUAGUUAAUAUUUUCAAGAUUGUAGUUCACCAAGAUGGUGCAGUACCAUUCCUGUGCAGGGUGGCUAAGGUGUGCCACCUAUGGAAUGCAGCUGCAGCCAGUCCUGCUCUGUGGCGCAGUGUGUCUGUGGGUUACUGCUGGUUGGAACCUGGUAAAACCCACUUACCUAAAACUGUACUGAAGAUCAGGAACACUGUAAGCUGGCUUGCACAGAACAGAUUCUCCCAAUUAAGAGACUUUUCUCUUAAUCACUGGAAAAAUAAUGUUGACCAUGUUGUGGAGGUUUUGUCCCAGUCCUGCCCCCAUCUCCGCUCACUCAAGCUGUCAUACUGUACAGGCGUGACUGAGAAAGCCUUUCAGAGCCUCAGUGGCAGCUGCCAGUCCCUGGAUAGCAUUAACGUCCAGUACUCUGAGAUACAGGUUGAAGGGCUUGUCACCUUCUUGGAAUCCUAUGGCAGUCAACUUAGACAGAUUCUGUUCACCCAUGGGCCCAGGAAUGACCGACUUCUCACUGCUAUCUCCAGAGGAUGCUGCCCUGAGUUGCAAUUGCUGGAAAUUAACACGAAGCUGGACAGUGGAUAUUGCCAGCUUCCAAUUUGCAUCCAAGCUUUGCAAAAUGGCUGUCCUAAACUGCAGACUUUUCGGAUGCUGAAUGUCAUUCCGAUGCCUAAAAUGACUCGUAAUGGGUCGGGUUCCACAUCUGGCUUCCCUUUACUGGAGGAGCUGUGUAUGGCCACUACAGCUGUUUCCUUUAUGACUGACCAAGACUUGACUAAGAUUGUCUACGACUCCCCUAAACUGCGUGUGCUGGACCUGAGAGGUUGUUCUCGGAUCACAGCAGCCGGGCUCUCUUCUCUACCAUGUGAAGAGCUUGAGUGUCUGUACUGGGGACUGUACUUCAGCAGCAAUGUCACAGUAUCGUUGUCCAAGAAGGGAAUUCACCUGCUGACCCAGAAAUGGAGUGGUACCUUGCAGGAGCUAGACCUUGCCAACCAGCUCUUCUCUGAAGAAGACAUGGAGAUUGCCAUGGGCCAUCUAGCUCAGAGAACUGGAGAAAACCCCCUACGUUCGCUCAAUCUUAGCGGGACCAAGGUCACAACACCUGCCCUCCGGUUAGUUAUAGGCCAGUCUACAGCACUCAAUUACUUAAACUUGUCUUCCUGCCGUUACCUUCCAAGAGGUCUGAAGAAACUGUAUCGUGGCCAAGAAGAAAUCCACCAGCUGCUGGACAAAUUAGAGUAAUCUAUUGGUCCAGUUAUUUGUUCUAAGAAUGCCUGCAAAAGGACAUUGUCUUCAAACCAAUCAUAAAAGUGAAUAUGAAUCCCCCCCCCAAUAGCUUAGCUUUAAAACAUGUGUAACAGUAUAACUUUAGACCGUCCCCUCGCCCAUACCCGGGCUCGAACCAGGGACCCUCUGCACACAUCAACAACAGUCACCCACGAAGCAUCGUUACCCAUCGCUCCACAAAAGCCGCGGCCCUUGCAGAGCAAGGGGAACUACUACUUCAAGGUCUCAGAGCAAGUCACUCAAUCCACAAUUUAUUUUUGUCAUUUUUUUUAUCUGUAUGUUGGUUUUAUUCUUGACUCUCUCAACAUGACUGGAAAGCUCUAAGCUGAUGUGUAAAUAUGUUGAAUAAAAUGUGGUUUCAAUUA